AAAGGCAAGAAAUGUCAAAAACAAACCCGUGUUCCAAUAUCCUAGCAUAAAAGCUAAACAAAACACACGGGGUUUCAGGAUUUGCAAUAGUUUUGAAUAUACAGUUUGAUGGCUGGUGGUGUGAAAAAAUACCCUCUCUUCUUCACAAUCUUCGUUCCAGAGCAACACUCUCAAACUAUGAAAGUUCCAAAGGUGUUUUUGAAGAAAUUGAAUGAAGACUUGUCGAGUAAUGCAGUUCUCAGUAGCUCUUCUUCUGGUGACAAGUGGCAAGUAAGUGUUCUAAAGAAAGGAAACGAAGUGUAUAUGCAAAAUGGUUGGCCUAAGUUUGUGACAGAUAGUUCAAUUGUGCUUCAUGAUGUACUGCUUUUUACAUAUCAUGGAGAGAACUGUUUCCAUGUUCAAAUUUUUGAUAAGAAUGGAGUGGAGAGGUUAUGCCUCAAAGAAACAACACAAGAAAAAAAAGAUAUGCCUUGCAGAAACAAAGGCUUUAUUUUUACUGGUAGUGAGACAAUGAAAACAGGGCAAAAACAAACUGCCACCCCAAGUUUGGCAAGGACAAAGAAGAAAAAAGAAAGACAUUUUUCUCCUGGAAA